AUGGGGGUGACCCUUCUCGCAUCUUCCCCUCAUUUGUUCCCCCUCCUCCUCUUCUCCGCUGUUCACCCUGCUUCUGACCAACAAGCUCUUGCCAUAGACCAAGUACAUGAAACAUCAGCAGCGCUCUCAUGGGCAAUGGACCACAUUCACGAGUAUGGGGGCAACCCCUCACGCAUCUUCCUCACGGGCCACUCCUCAGGCGCCCACGUCUACUCCAUGGUUGUCUGGCGCCGCUUCAGAAGCCGGGCGCUCGAGCAGCUAGCAGCAGUCAGUGCUGAUGCUGCUGCCUCCCUCAGGCCCACCCUGCCACCCUCAAAUCCGCGAAACGCCUCAUCUCCUCCUUCCGAUCAAGAAGCAUCCUCCUCUGAAGAGGUGGACCCCCUCUCCUCUGACUGCUUCUCCUCCAGGUUUCUUGCCCCCUCUUCUCCCUCUCCUCUCGACAUUCUCAGGCAGGAGCUGGGAGGGGGUGUUGCUGAAGCUGUUGUGGCUGCUCUUUGUCGGGCCAACUCAGCCUGCUCCCCUCCGCCCCCUCCUCUUCCUCUCUUUCUCCUUCCUCCUCUUUCCCCUCCUCGUCUUCAUCCUCCCAUCCCUCCUCCACCUCCUCCUCCUCUGCUUCUCCAGUUCCCUCUUCUCCCUCCCUCCCUUCCUCGACCCCUCUCCUCCCCAUCAUUAUCCUUCAGUGCAGUACUGGUGAUUAUGUAG